AUGAAAACGUUAUCAAACAGUUACAAAGGAGAAUCGAAAUUAAGUAAAUAUGUUUCAGUAUCUAAAAGUUCAUAUUCUACAACAACAACACCUCCAUUAGAAGAAACGUUAUUUAUGUUUUCAAAUAUUUGUAUUAUGAAUAAUGACUAUUUAAUUGAAGGGAAGUUAGAACUAUGUUCAAUUGAUGGGAUUGUUACAUUGAAAUACAUACCAACAUUAAAUCUACAAACAAAUUCAACAAUGAAUUUAGGAGAAUUUGAAUAUAUUUUAAAAGUAGAACAUAUUGAAUCAAUUGAAGUUUUAAAUACUAAAAUAAUUAAUUCUACCACAAAUAAACGAUUCUACCAAAUUCAUUUUAAAACACAAACACAUGUAUUUCUUAUUUAUCCAAAUUUCUUAUUUCCAACAACUGCAACAAUAGAUAUUCUUAUUGAACAAAUUAAUAUGAAUGGAUUUAAAUGUAUUUUAAGUCAUCCUAUAAAGAAAGAUGUAUUUCCAAUAACUUAUCAAGUUAAAAAACAAAUAUUUGAUAGUGAACAUUCUCAAGUUCAUACACCAGUUCCAAUUUAUCCAAAACAUAAAGAAAAUGAACCAAUAUUGACAAAUGAUAUUGAUAAAGUAUAUAAACCAUUAUCUCUUCCAUUGGCAAUACGUCAUAGAUCAAAAAGUGUCUCUUUAAAUGUUAAUUCAAAAGUAAAUUUACAAAAACGUUUUGAAGAAAAUCCUAAAAGAAAAUCAUUAAAAUUAACAAAAGAAGAAAUUGUUAAUGAAGAAAUAAAUGGGUUUUCUUUUGAAUGGAAUACAUUAGCUGUUGGAGAAGAAAUAAUUAAUCCAUUUACUAAUGAUGAAAUCAUUAGAUCAAAUACAUUUUAUUCUGGAUUAAAAGAAAAUGUAAGAGGAUUUGGUUGGAAGAAAUGUCUUGGAGGGUCAUAUGAAGAACUUUAUUUUCCAUCAUUAAUUAUUGUUGAUUAUCUUAAUGUAAUUAAUUUAGAAUGGUGGAAACGAGUAAAAGAUAAUAUUUUAAAGGAUAUUCCAAGAACAGAAAUUGAUGGGAUUUAUUUUAAACGUGAAAGUCAAGAAUUUUAUAAAGUAAAAAGAAUUUUAGAAGCAUAUUGUGGAAGUCAUAGUAAUAUUGGAUUUAAACAAGGAAUGACAGAUAUUUUAGCAGUUAUUUUAAAAGUAGUUGAUGAUGAAAAACAACAAUAUUCAUUAUUUUGUAAUAUUAUGGAAUUUAUAUCUCCAUUUUGUGAUAAUAAUAUGGAAAGUAUUUUAACUGGAUUUGGAUAUAUCAUUCAAACAUUAGACAAUGAAUUAUAUAAUGUAAUAAUGAAUAAAUGUAAUGGAUUUGUUUUUGUUUAUCAAUGGCUAAUUCUAUUAUUUAAAAGAGAAUUUAGUUUAACAAAUAUCUUUAGAAUAUGGGAUUCUAUAUUUGCAUAUCCUUCAAGAAAGUUUCAUUUAUUUAUUGGUGCAUCUAUAUUAUUAGAUCAUUCUCAAAAAAUAAAAUCAAGUGAAUUUAGAUUUGAUGAAUUAUUAAUAUAUCUUCAAAGUCUUCAAGGACUUUUAAAAACAGAUAUCAUUUAUAAAGCAGAUUGUAAUUAUAAAACUUUCAUGGAAAUAGCUUCUAUUUCUGUUAAAAGAAUUGUUUUUGGAAGUGAUACUCUUCUUUUAAAAAAUACUAAAAAAGGAUUAUCUCCUACAAUAUCUCAACCUGCUUCUCCUAAACUCUAUCAUGUGGAUAACGUCAAUUCAAUUGUUUUAAACCAAAUUAAAAAUAAAAUUGGAACUGAACCUUUCAUUCAUCCUUUACCUCAAAAUCCUACACAAUCCCAAUUACAACUUCAUUUAAUAGAAAUUUGUGAUCAUGAUAAUUGGUGUAGAAAAUUAAAUUAUGAAUUAAAUAUGUCUCAUCUUAAUAAAUAA